UCGUGUCUGGCUGAAGAGAGACAGUGGGCAGUACUGGCCCAGCAUAUACCAUGCAAUGCCAUCUCCAUGUUCAUGCAUGUCUUUUAACCCGGAAACCAGAAGGCUGUCCAUAGGUCUAGACAAUGGUACAAUCUCAGAAUUCAUUUUAUCAGAAGAUUACAAUAAGAUGACACUAGUGAAAAAUUACCAGGCUCAUCAAAGCAGGGUCAUGAUGAUUCUGUUUGUCCUGGAGAUGGAGUGGGUAUUAAGCACCGGACAAGACAAAAACUUCACGUGGCACUGUUCGGAGAGCGGCCAGCGGCUGGGAGGGUACCGCACCAGCGCAGGCGCCUGUGGCCUGCAAUUUGAUGUGGAAACCCGGCACGUGUUUGUUGGUGAUCAUUCUGGGCAAGUGACCAUACUCAAACUAGAGCAAGAGUCCUGCAGUCUUGUUACGACAUUUAAGGGACACACAGGUGGUGUCACUGCUCUCUGUUGGGACCCUAUACAGCGAGUUUUGUUCUCGGGCAGUUCUGAUCAUUCCAUUAUAAUGUGGGACAUUGGAGGAAGAAAAGGAACAGCCAUCGAGCUGCAAGGACAUAAUGAUAAAGUUCAGUCUCUCUCCUAUGCUCACCACACUCGGCAGCUCAUCUCCUGUGGUGCAGAUGGGGGAAUUGUCGUCUGGAACAUGGAUGUUGAGAGGCAGGAGACCCCCGAGUGGCUCGAUAGUGACUCCUGUCAAAAAUGUGACCAGCCUUUCUUCUGGAACUUCAAGCAAAUGUGGGACAGUAAGAAAAUAGGCCUCAGGCAGCAUCACUGCCGGAAGUGUGGAAAAGCCGUGUGCGGCAAAUGCAGCUCCAAGCGCUCCUCCAUCCCACUGAUGGGGUUCGAGUUCGAAGUGAGGGUCUGCGAUAGCUGUCACGAGUCCAUAACAGAUGAAGAGCGGGCACCCACAGCUACUUUCCAUGACAGUAAGCACAACAUCGUUCACGUACACUUUGAUGCCACCAGGGGAUGGCUGUUGACCUCGGGGACAGACAAGGUUAUUAAGUUGUGGGAUAUGACACCAGUAGUGUCUUGAUGGUACAUCAGUGGAACUUGAAAGGUGAUAUUUACAGAAGAAACAGAUUUCCUAACCCUAAUUAUACUGCAGAAGAUAAAUAACGCUGGGCGCAUCAGGCGGUUGAGAAAGGAACUAAUGCGUUUACAACGAUUUUACGUCCUCUGCUUGAUCAAGGCUGAACAUUUGCACGAAGACUCUUUCCACUUAUUCUCAAAAUAUACAAGAAGGUAUUUUUUUAACUAAUGGUUUGUACGAUCUGACUUCGGUUGUCUUGAGUUUGUUGGAAAAUCCAUGUGUGGUGCAAUUUUUAGUUUUUAUAUCUCACUGUGUCAAGAUACUUGCUGCUUUGUACAGAGGGUUCUUGGGUUGUGUCUUACCAUGUGAGUUUUUGAUAUCAACAUACUGUAUGAGGCAAUUGGCUCUCCCCGCAGCGAGUACCUAUUGACUUGGGAUGUUUCGGCUGACCAUGCUCUCUUCAGUGGAGGAACUCCAGGCGUGGCGUCAUGUGUUCUCUGGAUGCACCACCGAGGAGCUGAUGGACUGUUGAAAUUCCUAAAAGGGCUCUACCGUCUACUUGUCCUAGCAGACAUCAUCCGGAGAGCAUUUUAUUGGUUUGUAGUAGCUAAAAUCCAGCUUUCUGCCUCUUUCCUUGCUGCACAAGUCGCAAAACCAGGGGGCCAGGUUGCUUAGCAACUAAUUUCUACAAAAACUGAAAGAGUUUUCCAGCUCGGAGCAUUACAAGGAGCACACAGACCCGUUUGAGUUUGAUGAGGCUGACAGGCUGAUUCAAAUUAAAUUAUUGGAAACAGGAACUUUUGGAAGUGUUUGCAUGGGGCGGGGGAUUGGGGCGGGGGCGCAGAUCUAAAACUGGUCUAGGUCUGAAAAGUCUGGUUUACCUCUACCUCUACCUUGCGCAGCAACAUUUCAGCAUUUAUACCUGUCUGUGUUGUUGAAGAUGAAUUUGAUUUUCCUGUUAUGCAUAUGGGUAGUCAUAUUUAUUUUUUCAAAUGCUAAUGGUUUUUAUUAAUUUCCUCUAUAGACCAGAAACUGAUAGUGCUGAAUGAUGCCCAUUGUCCUGUUGUCAUAUUUUAUGGUUUCUUUUAAAAAUAAAAAGUAUUUCAAA